AUGGCAUCGUAUUGGUAUUCAACGGACGGCAUGGAUCACAAACGACUAUCCGAUCGGCACCUCGAGUUAUUGGACAAGGCAUUUGAAGGAAAAAAACGAGUGGAAAUCCAUGAUCAGCAAGCAUUUGGCAAUGCAGCUGCUAUAGCUGAUCCAUUUCUUGGCACCAUGACAGCAGGCGAUAUUCAUUACGGUCUUUACAGAAACCCAACUUUACGAGUCAUGAUGGAUGAUGAUGAUACAAGCAUGGAUUCGCUUGUGAUGCUUGAUAGCACCACUUUAAUGCUUGAUGCAUAUCAACAAUCAACCCUAUCAUCAAAUGUUCAGCAUCAACAACAACGAUAUCAAGAUGAUCAUUGGGUUCUUGUUGCAUCAGAUCGACAUGCCUCAUCUUUGGUGGGGCAACGACGGCCAUCUGCAGGAAAGGCGGUACCACACCAUCAGCAAUCGGCAAGCAACAACACCAACAAUCCUCUAGGGAGUAUGUCUAGAACCAAUAAUCGGCGAGAUGUGCCACCUGAAGAAGAAUGUGCAUGCUGUAUCAUUAGCUAA